ACUUUGUCACCCUCAGAAAAACCGUUUGUUUGCAAACCAUCGUUCACAUUCCUCACAGCUUCCUGUGUGGUGUGCGCAGCUCGUCAGAUUGGUCAGGUAGAGUUCAGUUGCACAGACUCUUCUGCUGAAAUUGUUUAGGAAACAAAAAAAGUUCCAGACAUCCAGAUGUCGAACCCAGUGGUCACACAUCAACCUGGUGCCGGCGGCUAUGGGACUAAUGUCCAGACAGGGGAGUGGAGCACAGGCUUGUGCUCGUGUUGCAGUGACUUACUCGUCUGUGCCAUCGGCUGCAUUUGCCCACUGGCACUGAGCUGCUAUACAGCAAACAAGUAUGGGGAGAACUGCUGUUUGGGCUGUUUGCCAGGAGGCUUGACAGCCAUGCGAACUCACAUGAGACUGACCUACGGCAUUGAGGGAACAGUAUGUAAUGAUGCCCUGAUGUCCUGCUUCUGUGGACUUUGUGAGCUGUGCAGGAUGGCUCGAGAAAUCCGCAUCAGGAGUGGAGAGAUAACGCUGUAACGAGAGAUCCCGAUGAAGUCCUCCUAUUUCGAAGGCCUAUUGCUUUGAGCGAGCCUCCAUCCCUGCCCGCUCCUCAUCCACAUUUUGAUUUUGAAGUUGGUUUAGUAGCAGUAUUUGCAAACAAAAAUGAAAGAGUUAGAAGCUUGAAUGUUGAUUGUAUGGAUUGUGUCUACGUUUCUGUGGAAAAAAAAAUGCUGCUUCCUAAAACGCAGCAUUUAUUGUGUAACCAAUCAAAACAAAACGAUUCUGAAAUCAUUCAAAAAUAUUUCAGUUGAUGUCAUUGAAUAUACUGUACAUAUAUAUUGCAAACUGUUACACUGUUUGAUAUUCCCUUUUUCUCAACCUUAUAAUUUCAAAUAUUUAGAGGCCAUGAAUAGUAAGAGCUCAACAUGUGGUUCAAUGCUGUUAUGGAAGUGGCAAAGCCAUAAGACAUGCAUUACGUUUACAUGCAGCUAAAAUUCGGGUUCAGGUCAAUAUCUGGGUUUCUGAAACAUUAGGAAAACCCCGUUUACAUGCUUUAACAGACAGAGUUACCCCGUUUACAAGUCAGCGCAUUCAAUCGG